AUGAUGAACGGAAACCAACGAAUGGGCACGAGCGAGGACGACUGGUUUUUGUUGACAAACAAGCGAAGAAGAGAGGUUUCUCCGACGAAGGAGCGCCAACUAGCGGCUAACAGCUGCCGUUACACGAGUUCAGUGACGUGCUCCACGUCUCACCAUACUGCCGCUGGCUUGUUAGGUUGUUACCAGGCAGACAGACUUUCCAGUAUGGCAGCGUCAAGCAACGCAGAGCAAACGCAGUUGCAAGACAUGGAGGAGGAAGAUGCAGGAAUGGAGGAGAGAGAGAUGGAAUCGGACGAAGAGGAGGAGGAGGGCAUGGGAGUAGAAAAUUCAGACGACGACGAGGACGAUUCGUCUGAGGAUGAGAAGGAAAACGAAGCCGAAAUCCAGCGUUUGGAGGAGCAGCUGUCAAUCAAUGCCUUCGACUACAACUGCCAUGUGGAUCUCAUCAAACUGCUGAAGCAGGAGGGAGAACUUUUCCGGCUGCGAAAGGCAAGGCAGAAGAUGAGUGAACUUUUCCCUCUCACUGAAGAGAUCUGGCUGGAUUGGCUCAAGGAUGAGAUCCGUGUGACUGAGGACGAUUCAAACCGGGAGAAAGUAUACGAACUUUUUGAGAGAGCUGUAAAAGACUAUAUCUGUCCAGAUAUCUGGCUUGAGUAUGCUCAGUAUUCAAUCGGUGGCAUGGGCUUACCAGGUGGGAUAGACAAGGUGAGGUCCAUCUUUGAGAGAGCCGUGACAGCUGUGGGGCUUCACAUGACCAAGGGACAUACGGUGUGGGAGGCGUACAGAGAGUUUGAGAAUGCCAUUCUGUCAACAGUACAGCCUCCCCCUGGCAGGAUUCCCAGCCGAGAGGAGCAGGAGCUGCUGAACACUCAGCUUGAGCGAAUCCACACGCUGUUUCGCCGCCAGCUGGCCAUCCCCUUAAUGGAUAUGGAAGCCACCUACGCAGAGUAUGAGGAGUGGUCUGAACAUGGGGUGCCUGAGACGGUCAUACAUCAGUACAAAAAGGCUUUGCAGCAGAUGGAGAAGUGCAAAUCUUUUGAAGAGUCACUGCUGGUAGCAGAACCUCCAAAGCUUGCAGAGUAUCAGGCCUACAUUGACUUUGAACUGAAGGAGGGCGACCCAGCACGGAUCCAGAUAACCUUUGAGCGGACUUUGGCAGAGAACUGCCUGGUACCAGACAUGUGGGCAAAAUACACCACCUAUCUUGAUCGUCAGCUGAAGAUCAAAGACUUGGUUCUUUCGACUCAUGAGCGUGCUGUAAGGAACUGCCCCUGGACCAUGGGUCUGUGGAAGAGCUAUCUGCUAGCUCUGGAGAGGCACGGAGCUGAUCAUCAGAUUGUCUCAGAUGUGUUUGAGAAGGCGCUGAGUGCAGGUUUCAUUCAAGCUACGGAUUAUGUGGAAAUUUGGCAGGCAUACCUCGACUACCUGAGGAGACGUGUGGAUUUCAGUAAAGAAUCGAGUAAAGAGUUAGAAGAGUUACGAGGAACCUUCUCUCGAUCUCUAGACUACAUGAAACAAGAUGUGGAAGAAAGAUUUGGUGAAAGUGGAGAUCCUUCUUGUAUCAUAAUGCAGAUCUGGGCAAGAAUAGAGGCCCUCCACUGCAAGAACAUGCAAAAAGCCAGAGAACUGUGGGACAGCAUCAUGACAAAAGGGAACGCUAAAUAUGCCAACAUGUGGCUGGAGUACUAUAACCUCGAAAGGUCUUAUGGAGACCCUGUGCACUGCCGGAAGGCUCUUCACAGAGCGGUUCAGUGCACCUCAGACUACCCAGAGCAUGUGUGUGAAGUCCUGCUCACCUUCGAGAGGGUGGAAGGUUCACUGGAGGACUGGGAUGUGGCGGUGCAGAAGACAGAGACCCGGCUGAACAGGAUUAAUGAGCAACGCGCAAAGGUGGCUGAGAAAGAAGCCAACCUGGCUCGCCAAGAGGAGGAGAGAGCUGAGCAGCGGCGGAAGGCCAAGUCGGACAAGAAGGCUCAGAAGAAGGUCCAGAAGGGAACUCGAUUCGGGGAGAAGAGGAAAGCGGAGCAGGAUGAUUAUCAAGAUGAAUGGAAUGAUGACUCAGAACAAGCCCCUAAAAGGCACAGAGGAAAUGGGGACCAAACCACAGAGGAGUCCAUGGAGACCGAGACAGGACUCUUUGGGAGAAACCCUCCCCCUGGCUAUAAGCCUGCUCCACCUGGCCCUAAAAAAGCCCAGCAGGGAGCGGCGGCCGCUGCCCAGAGGCAGAACGAUGACAAGCCAGAGCUUCGCAAUGAUAACAGCAGUGUGUUCAUCAGCAACCUGGCGUACACCCUGGAGGAGCCCGAGGCAAAGCUCAGGACGCUGUUUGAGACGUGUGGUCCCAUCAAACAGAUUCGCCCUGUCUUCAGCAACAAAGGGAGCUUCAAAGGUUACUGCUAUGUACAGUUUGAAUCCCUGGUGUCGGUCCCUGAAGCUCUGAAGCUGGACAGACGAGAGUUGGAGGGCAGGCCCAUGUUUGUGUCACCGUGUGUGGAUAAAAACAAAAAUCCUGACUUUAAGGUGUUUAAAUACAACACAUCAAUGGAGAAACACAAAAUCUUCAUCUCUGGGCUGCCGUUCUCAUGCACUAAAGAACAACUGGAGGAAAUCUGCAAAAGUCAUGGCACCAUCAAAGAUGUUCGUCUGGUCACGUAUCGCUCAGGAAAACCCAAGGGUCUGGCAUAUGUUGAGUUUGCAGAUGAAACCCAGGCGUCUCAGGCAGUUCUGAAAUUGGACGGUAUAGAAGUCGAGGGCAACAAAAUCUCUGUUGCUAUAAGUAACCCUCCUCGCAGAAACCCGAUGGAUAAACCUGGCUCCAGUGGACCCUCGACAGACAUGAUGCCUCGCCAGGUCUAUGGAUCGAGAGGAAGAGGACGCACCCAGCUGUCACUGCUGCCUCGUUCCCUGCACCGACCAAGUGGGCCCGUGAGCAAAGUCGAGAACGGGACCUCGGCUGAGCAGGUGCCGGCAACAGCCAGCACAUCAGUGACCACAGCUGCAGAGACGAAACCUUUGUCAAAUUCAGACUUUGCCAGGAUGCUUCUCAAUAAGUGAGAAGAUGAGCGAGGGAAUCACGACCGCCUUCACACUGAAAGCCAUCUUGUGUCCUUACAAAUUAGUGUUGGUGAUUUUUCUGUAAUUGGUUACCUGACUUCCCUUUAAUCUCAGUCUCGUUCUCAUCAUCCAUUCUGCAAGAUUGCCUUAAUCGCCAAGCUCCUGCCCUUCAUCACAAACCCUUUUCAUACAAGACUUUUCACCAGUGUGACAGAUUGUUUUUGUUGAGUGUGUUUGAAGGUGGCUGUCAGGCUAUUUUAUAAAAAACUAAACAAAAGAAAAAAAGCGUAUCAUAUUUGUGUGUAAAUAUACUGUAUCUAAAAUUGUAAGCCUUAUGUUGCAAGGUGUCUUUUGUUGUGUAACAUGAAAGGGAUCUGACAGAAGCAUAUGGGAGAGUAUUUUUUUAAAUAUUCAAAACAGCCACACUUGUGAAUGUUGUUUUUAAAAAAAAAAAAGGGGGGGGGGGGGGUAUAUGCAAAACCUUGACAGUUCAGAUGUGUAAUAUAGUUGGUGUGCGUGUGUGCGUGCAUGUGUGUGUGUGUACGUGUACAUAAGUUGGAUGUGCUACAGUGAUGAAAAGACAUGUUCCCCAGAUGUUUUUAGGGAACCUAAGACUUUUAUUGCGUAACUUAUUUGACCUCUGAGGACACAGCUAACAAGGCUAGCAAAGUUUUUUUUUUUUGACUGUAAACCACGACUAACUCAUUACUUUUGCAUAAUACAUCUCUGAGUUACAGUAUGCUUGUAAUCAUCAGUAUUAUGAUGCUAGAGGGUCCAGCAAGUUAGCAUUAGUUAAUUGGCCUAACAGCCUAGAGUGGCAACGACUGGUUGAUUGACAGAAAAUCAACUGGCAACUGUUUUGAUAAUGAAUCCUUUAAAUCCAUUUUAAAGGAAAAUGUAUAACAUUCUAUUUCCAGUGUUUCAAAUGUGAGACUUUUCCUUUUCUUACAUUAAGGUAAAUUGAAUGUAUUCAGGAUCGAGACUAUUGCAAGGACAAAAUAAGACAUUUGAUGACCUGAGACUCCAGGACAUUGUGAUGGGCCUUUUUCAGUUUUCUAAUAAUCAUUUGCAGCCCUGAAAAGACAUGAAUUAGUUUUAGGUGUUAAAAAAGAGUUAGAUUAUAACCAUUAAAUGUUAGAAAGUACCUGUGGACAGUAGUAGUACAGUUUUAUAAAUGUGGUUUGGACCUGGUUUCCCUUCAUGUUUUCAGUAAAGCUGAUCUCACCCUCUGUAUGAGCUCAGUGUUAAAUGAGCCACAGUUUGCUCACGGCUAAGAGGCCACUGCCACCAGGCAGCAGGUCUGCAGCUCCUUUCGACACAAGAGAAUCUAUGCAGUUUUUCCAUUGCUGUUUCCCUGUGUUAGGAGUCAACCAUGUGUCCGUUGGUCCACUUGCCUUGUUUGAAUAGCGAUGACUCUGUGUCCAUAACGUUCAGUAUGCUAAUUUCAAAAAGGUCACCAUAGUUUGUAAUAAAUAUAAAUCUAUGUUUUCAAAACAGAUGGAAUACAAGCUAUAUGUAUUGCUCUCACCAAAGUGGCCUAACCUUUAAAAAUUAAAAAAAAAAAUCUAAAUAUGUUGCUCUCUAGAAGUCACCCUCCACCUUAGCAAAGGUGGUAUGUGUGCAUUGGCGUUGUUUUGUAUAAUUUCUAUAGUCGAUGUUUUGAAUUUGGUAUAGAGGUGAAUAAUAAGUGGCUUUUUUUUGUUCAAUCACUAUUUAUUUCCCUGCUUGUUUCAUCAUUUAGCCUUUUCUACCCUUGUGUUUUUGGGUCCUGUAAAAAAAAAAAAAAAGAAAAUGUCAUGUCAUGUUUUUUUCUGGUCUAAAACUUGUUUUAAUAAAGUCAUGUAAAUCA